AAGCUGACGUCAUACCCACGCUGAGCGUUCUCGCUUCUGAUUGGCGGAAAGGUUGACUCCUUUACGGCUGCUCGGCAUCCUCCGCCUCCUCGCUGCAGAAGGAACGGACAUGGAGACAGCUGGGAAAGUGAUCAAGUGCAAGGCAGCUGUUGCCUGGGAAGCAGGGAAGCCUCUCUCCAUUGAGGAGGUGGAGGUUGCUCCACCCAAGGUUCACGAAGUUCGCAUUAAGAUUCUUGCUACCGGAGUUUGUCACACCGACGCUUACACCCUGAGUGGCAGUGACCCUGAGGGACUUUUCCCUGUCAUCCUCGGACAUGAAGGUGCUGGAACUGUGGAGAGCGUUGGCGAGGGCGUCACUAAGUUCAAACCAGGUGAUACUGUCAUCCCUUUAUAUGUGCCUCAGUGUGGUGAAUGCAAAUUCUGCAAAAAUCCGAAGACCAACCUGUGCCAGAAAAUUAGAGUCACCCAGGGUCAGGGUCUGCUCCCCGACAAGACGUCACGCUUCACCUGCAAAGGGCAGCAGGUGUUCCACUUCAUGGGAACCAGCACCUUCUCUGAGUACACGGUGGUGGCCGACAUCUCGCUGGCUAAGGUUAAUGAGAAAGCUCCUCUGGAUAAAGUCUGCCUUCUGGGAUGUGGGAUUUCCACGGGUUAUGGUGCUGCUCUGAACACUGCCAAGGUCGAACCCGGUUCCACGUGCGCUGUGUUUGGACUCGGUGCCGUUGGCUUGGCUGCCAUCAUGGGCUGCAAGGUUGCUGGAGCAACCAGAAUCAUUGGUGUGGACAUCAACCCCGACAAGUUUGACAAGGCCAAAGAGUUUGGAGCCACAGAGUUUGUGAACCCAAAGGAUCUCAGCAGGCCCAUCCAGGAGGUUCUGGUGGAGAUGACCGACGGCGGCGUGGAUUACUCGUUUGAAUGCAUUGGAAAUGUGCAAAUCAUGAGAGCUGCUCUGGAGGCGUGUCACAAAGGCUGGGGGGAGAGCGUCAUCAUCGGCGUGGCAGGAGCGGGACAGGAGAUCUCCACCAGGCCGUUCCAGCUGGUGACGGGCAGAGUGUGGAGGGGCACGGCGUUCGGAGGCUGGAAGAGUGUGGAGAGCGUUCCUAAACUGGUGGAAGAAUACAUGAAUAAAAAGCUGAAGGUGGACGAGUUUGUUACUCACACUCUGCCGUUUGAGAAGAUCAAUGAAGCAUUUGACCUGAUGCAUGCCGGAAAGAGCAUCCGGAGCGUGCUGACUUUGUGAUCUGCUUAAAACAUUUGUCACAUCCGGCCUUAAAGAAUCUCCAUCCCAUUAUAAGUUCCAGCACUUGCCUCUCCACACUUACUUGGAUAUAAAUUCCAGUGUUUAGAAGAAGCUCUUUAAGAGCAGAACUGUUAAAUCAUGAACUGUUUUUAGAAAACCUUAUUAAAACAUUUAACUUGCUA